AUGCCUAGAAAGUUCUCCUUCCCCAGCAUCAAGAUGUAUGACGGUAGCGGCGACCCCGACGAUCACAUCGCGCUGUACAAGCAAAGGAUGCUGACGGUUGCACUCCCUAAGCAAUCCCGCGAAGCCACGAUGUGCAAAGGGUUCCACUCUGAUCGGACCUGUCCUGCAAUGGAGAAAGUGGCGGUCCCGGAAUGCAAUAUCCCUAUUGCGAUCUCUGCCUUCAAGAGAGGUCUACUUCCAGAUGGAGGGCUAUACAAAGAACUGACCAUGUAUCCUUACAAGACCAUGGAAGAUGUGUUGUCCCGAGCCUGGACGGAAGUAAAAUGGGAGGAAGAUGUUGCCAGCCGUGCCAAGGCUCAGCCAAAGCAGGACCAAAGAUCAGCCCGAUCAGAUCGAGAAGACCCGGACGAAGGUCCUCCCAAAAGGGAUCCAAUAACUUUGGUAGUAGAAACAAGAGCAGGUUCCAGUAUCAGCCUCAUGAGAGAGAAGGAAGAAGGGAUGUCAGUAUCUACCUGGCCUGAUAUCUCCCAUUUAUCAAUAUCAACACCGGAGCUAGUCAGCACACGAAGACAGAUGGGCCAACAGGUUAAGUGGCCUCCAAAGAUGAAAGCACCUGACUCAUUCUGGAGCCCAGAACUAUGGUGCGACUUCCAUCGCGAUCAUGGCCACAAAACCGAAGAUUGCAUCGCCCUGAGGAUAGAGGUCAAUGAACUACUCCAUAAGGGGCAUCUCCAAGAAUUCCUCUCAGAGAAAGCCAAGGCCCACCUCAGCAAAGAGACAGGAGGGAAAUUCAAAGGAGCUGCACCAGCCUCACCACCUCGCCAGGAUCGGGUGAUCCACGUCAUAUCCGGAGGAUCAGAAGUAAGCGGAGUGAGCCACACAGCCGCGAAGAAAAGCACUCAUAACGCUCAGCACGGUCUGGAAACGACCCAACCGAAGCGCCUACUUCUAGGCACCAACGAGAUAAGCUUCACGGCUAAAGAGCAAGAGAGAUCUUAG